AUGGAGACGGAAUACACGAUCAACACGGCCGCAGACACCAUCGAGCUGCUGGAGACUCGCCUGCGACGCGUCGAAUUCCUGCUUACAGGCCAGACGAACUGGGCCAGCGAGCCAGAGCAGCUCUCUGAGCCUCCAGCUUCGGUUCGAGAUACGGUCUCUGCCCGCCUAGCUGAGCUGGAACAUGGCCUCAAACGCCUCUCUGCGCGAGUACCAGCCGUCCAGGACGUGCUGAAGCUAUACUCCCGGUUCCCCGACCUGUUCCAGUCUGUGCCUACACACACACCGCCCGCGACACUGACACCAAGCACCCUGGCGUCCAUAGUGCUCUCGUACGCCACUGCUUUUCCCGAGACCGCAUCCCGACUUAGCUCGCUACAGGACCUCCCUGUCCCGCCGGCCAGCGCGUCGACGGCCCUGGUCGAGCUCCAGCCACGACUGGACCGGUGUCUGGAGACGCAGAGACGCCAGGCAGAAGAGGUCGCUGAGCUAAGGAUCCAGAGCUCACUGUUGAUGAAGCGUUGGAUAGAGGUUGGAGUAGUCGGGGGCGGAGAGGUCUGGGGGGAGUGGGAGGAGCGUCUGAAGAUGGUCGAGAGGGGAGUGAGGCGGGAGGAGAGGGCGAGAGAGAGGGAGUAG